AUGGUGUCCUUAAGAUCAAUUACCUUAUUCAAGUUAACUUCUACCUUAAUUUUGAAUAUCAUUCCUACUUCCCUUCAAAAUGAACGCAACGGCGUUAAGGAUUGUCCACACAAGAUAUUAAAUAUGCAAUCAACAGAAAUAGAAAAAACAGAUGCAUGGAAAGAAAACGAGUGGAAUAAGUGGAAAUUGGAUUUAGAAGCUAAUUGGAAAGAGUUUAAUUUAUCACUAAUAGAAGAAAGAGAUGAGUGGAUACAGAAUAUAACAAAGGACUGGAAUGAAUGGAUGCAGAACAUGCAACAUAAAUGGACCCAUUUUAUUGAAAAUGUGGAUGAACCGUAUAAAUCUUAUAUCCUAGAGAAAUCAUUAACAUGGAAUAAUGCUGAUUGGGAAAAUUGGAUUAAUACCGAACUUAAGGGACUCAUUGAUAAUGACUGGAAAAAGUGGAUCAAUAGAAUGGAAUCACACCUUUACAGAAUGAUAGAGGAUACGUGGAUGCACUGGAGAAGUUACCAAAUUUUGACAUGGCUCAAGAGCGAUUGGAAACAUGACGAAAACAUAUACUGGUUAAAGAAAGAAUAUAUAGAAUGGAACAAGCCUUCAAAGGUACAAAAUACGGGAGAGUGGCUUAAAUGGAAACAAAGAGUACACAAACAAAGUCUAGAAUGGUUUCGUUGGGUACAGAGCAAAGAGAAAAUAAUUGAAAAUAUUAAAUGCAUAAGUUGGAUAUUAUGGAAAAAUGACAAAAAUAAAAUUUUUAACCAUUGGAAGGAAUCUUUUCUGAAUAAAUUGAUACGUAAUGAACAGUGGAAUGUGUGGAAUAAAGAAGGAAAAGAAUAA